CGUUUCACUUAUUUGAAAACUAACAACUUCGAAAAACUUAGUCUUAGUUAGUUCUUGCCGUCUAUUUCAAUCUUUCCUUUUUUAUUUUUAAAUUCCUAUACAAGAAACGAAGAUUUUCUUUUGUCCACACGGCGAUCUUAGUCUACAAUUGGCUCAUACCGGUUUUUAUUUUGUUUUAAAAUUAAAUAAGAUAGUAAAAUUUCCUAAAAGCUACAAUCAAUCGGUAGUUUAAACUGAAAUAGGUGUACUUUAUUUUCAGCAUGAAGAAAAAAUACGUGUAUUGUUGAAUUUUGUAAUUAGACAGCAUUCUACCAAGUACAGAGAGAUAGAGAAUUUUGAUCUUUAUUGAUCCCGACAUCGAAGAAUUUUUUCAUAUCUUUUUUGAUCCCGGUAUAGAGAUAUUUUGAUCAUUUCAUCACAUUGUUACACAAUGUCUGUACAAUAUAAAAAUUCGGACGGCGAUGGCGAACUGGGGUUUGGCAUUAUCACGAAGUUCCACCCGGAUUCAAAAGAAUCUGACCCGCUUUUGGCAAGUCGAUCUUUCGAAAGGAUUCAAAAUGAUCUCAACAAAAACCAGUUUGGAGUGAAAGUCUUACCAGCGGCACCUGUAGAGAAAAAAGGAAGUAGUUGGUAUGGAUCAGCUCUCGUGGUCGUGAAUGUAGCUUUAGGAGCUGGGCUACUCAACUUUCCACAAGCUUACGGCCGUGCAGGUGGCAUUACAGUCGCUAUUACCGUGCAAGCAGUUCUGGUGGCUUUCGUGAUAACAGCUUUGUUGACUAUGGCCUAUUGUUCUGAUGUGAUGGGAAGUUGUACGUAUCAGGAAGUGGUCCGAAGUAUCUAUGGAGAACAAAUCAGAAGAGUGUGUGCUAUCUGUAUCACCAUGUUUAUGUUCGGAUCCUCGAUCACAUACCUAAUCAUUAUAGGAGAUCAGUUUGAUACAGUUCUUUUCUCUCUGUAUGGGAAGGAAUUCUGUCACAGCUGGUAUAUGAGAAGGGAAUUAACAACAACUAUCAGCACCAUCUGCGUUAUUUUACCUCUUAGUUUUCCUAAGAGAAUAGACUUCCUGAAAUAUACCAGGUAA